AUGAAUACAUCUGGAAGUCUUACAACGUCUCCGACAUCGCCGUCAGCAUCAAUGUCGAUAGGCACUCUCGAUAAUAAAAACGAACCUGAUGUGGAUGCGAUCAAAAUGUUUUGUGGACAAAUUCCACGAAAUAUGAAUGAAUCUGAAUUACGUGAAAUCUUUGAACAGUUUGGUCCCGUCUGUCAACUGAAUGUUCUACGUGACAAACAAACUGGUGAAUCGAAAGGUUGCUGCUUCGUGACGUAUUACACGAGAAAAGCAGCACUGGACGCUCAAAAUGCUCUACAUAAUUUGCGGACACUAACUGGCAGCCAUCAUCCUAUACAAAUGAAACCAGCAGAUACAGAAAAUCGAAAUGAACGAAAACUCUUUGUUGGAAUGAUUUCCAAGAACUUUGAUGAACAAAGCAUUCGGACGCUUUUCCAAUCCUACGGAUCCAUUGAAGAUUGUACCGUUCUUCGCGAUGCCAAUGGAAAGAGUCGAGGGUGUGCUUUUAUAACCUUUCAAAAACGCCAAUGUGCUAUUAAUGCAAUAAAAUCAAUGCAUCAAUCACAAACCAUGGAUGGCUGCUCAUCUCCACUUGUUGUCAAGUUUGCUGAUACACCAAAAGAUAAGGAAACUAAGAAAGUCCAACAUCAAUAUCCGAAUUAUAAUAAUGUGCUUAUGCCACAGAUAAAUCCCGGAAAUUCAAUGUCGAAUCCUCAGGCCAUGAAUGCGUAUAACUUCAUGCCAGAACUGAAUAAUUUAGUAUUUCUUCAACAACUAUUGAAGAAUUAUGGCUUAAUUGGUAACAAUACCAAUGCAAUUAAUUAUCCUGCAUUGAAUAAUCUUCUACAAAUGUUCACCAGUAGUAUGAAUCUUAACGGAAAUAAAUUACCUAUUCUCGUACCAUCGAACUCUUCUACUUCUCAACACGGGAAUAAUCAAUCAGUAGAUAUCCAAGAACAACAACAACAUACCGGCAGUUCACCGCGGUCAGCUCUAUCAUCCAAUUCAAACAAUACGUCUUACAAUACUGAUUCUUCUCUACUCAUGUGUGGACCUAAUAGUAAUACUCCACAAAAUACUCAUCUGAAUCCAAAUAGUAGUUUACCGACGACGAACACUGCUCCUUAUCUCCCUGCGAUGUCUCCACUCUAUCCGAACAACGCGAACGCGUUAUCAAACGCCAGUACUGACGCUCACCAUAAUCUACAAAAUCUCGUUGCAAUGUCUCAAGUAAAUAACGGAGGUUUGCUACCAACAACAAACUCACCAGGAGCCGCUUCCGCAUCAUUUCCUGUUUUCCCAUCAUCGUAUUUUUCUGCUCAAGUCGCGGGUAAACAUACGGAAGGGCCUGAUGGUGCUAAUCUUUUUAUAUAUCAUCUUCCACAAGAAUGCAAUGACAAUGAUUUAGCUCAAGCUUUCUCGCCAUUCGGACUCAUCAUUUCCGCGAAAGUAUUUGUCGACAAAAUAACUAAUCGAAGUAAAUGUUUCGGUUUUGUUAGUUAUGAUAAUCCAGCAUCAGCUCAGGCAGCGAUCAAUCACAUGAAUGGUUUUCAAAUCGGAACAAAACGACUGAAAGUUCAACUGAAAAAACAUCGAAAUGAAUCCAAUCCGCCAUCAGCCACUUCAAACAAUCAUCCAGGAAAUUCUCCUACCACUCUGAAAAAAUCGCCCUACUGA